AUGCUCCGUACGGAUAUCCUGCUCAUGAUCCGUCAGAUCUUGCGACUGCCGGCCGAUGGACUGCUGCUGCUGCGGAGGCGCCAGGUCGAGAUUAAGCUUCCAGCUGCGGCGGUGGGCGCCAAACGCCUUCUAGACCAACUCUCGACUGGGACCAUACGUUCCACACCUUCUAUCCGUACGGCGAAAGCGUGGGAUUUGCUGUGGUACCCGACCUUGCACCAGCACUGCAUGAAGUGGACGGGCCUCCCGCGCGACCACGCCAGCAGCGCCCCUGGGCCAGACCCUGGAACGAAUGUGUCUCUCAAGUCCCUGGUCUCUGGCUCUCUGCUCCCCGGCCGUGGCACAUCCGUCACCUCGACAGUCAGCCCGGUCGACCAGUCAGUCACCCAGUCCUCCGAUCAACCGUCAUCCCGUCCGCUCGCUCUCUUGCCUUUGGCAGCGCCACGACAGUCACAGCACCGUCGGCUCUCUACGCUACGGAUACUGGUUGGAUGCUUGCACGCUGUGCAGAGAGGCCAGAGCCGGACGGUCCUGGGCGCAGGGUUCCUGGAUUCGCCCGUGCCUGGGAAGGCCGAGGACCCUUUCAGCAGACUGCAGCAGACGUAG